CACAAAUAUUAUAGCAAUAUAAAACAUUGCUAGACGCAAUAAAAAUCGUCAAGUUUUGUUUGUUUGUUUUUAUUGCAAUUGCUAUGUUUCUGAAUAAAUACCAAAAGUUAAUCAUGCUUUUUAUAUGUUGCUUCUGAUCUUGAGCAGGUUAUGGCCUUGAUUUAAAGUGUAAUGAAGGCAGAGGUCAUACCAUUAUCACAGUAAAGAUGGCAUUUAAAGGUCCCGCUAGUAACUUUUAAAGCAGAAACAUUGGGCGCACAUACUUUGCUUAAUGGCAUAUCAUCCAGAUUUAUCGGACAGCGUCUUUUAUAAAUUAAAAAAAUGUAUUUGUUAAAUACGACACAUUUCCUCGUUUAAGAAGUAUGAUGGCUGAUCCCGAUCAAAUAUUUUCAAUAUGUUGUGAAAUCUAGGCCAUAUCAUGUAUAUAUUUCCAAAAAGUGAGAAAAAAAACUAACACUUACGAAGAGAAAUAACAAUGCAUUUUUUAUUCGAAGAUACAGCAUGAUUUCUAAUAGAAAAUAUAUGUGUGCAAAUAAAUCUUAGAGCAAUUGAAAACAAACCUUAGCCAUUGAAUUUGAAUGGGUAAUGUUCUUGUCAAGUUGAUAAAAGUAUAUAGCAAGAGUCAUUCAUAUAUAAUGCACCCCUUCCACAUACACACACAUUUUUUUUUCUUUCCUUUAAUAACUUUUUAAAAACACAACAUGAUAAGUUUUAAUUUCAAUAGAAAACUAAGAAUAAUAAGGGUAUCGGUCCUCAAAUAAAUCUAAUCUUGGCAUCGGUAUCCUCAGGACAUAACUGUUUAGGAGCAUUGAUGUAAAAUGGCACCGUUAUGCUCAAUAGUCUUUGAACAUGUAUAAUUAAAAUUGCUUCCCUAACCACAAUUGGCAAAAUGGCAAAGUACAACUUCAAAUUCAGUGCGUUAAUUAAUGAAUUAUUUUAUUUUACAACAUAUAGCUGAGGUUUUUUUAAUCAUCUUUGUUCGGAAGUAAAAAAAAAUUAAAUGGCCAUGACAAUCUAGCCUCGCUCAGAAAUAGUGUUUAUCGGGUGUUUACACACUCAAUAGCAAGACAGGUAAAGCUCAAAUUGUUUCCUUUUAAAGAGUUUAUUAAAAGCGCAGAAGGAGCUUAUCAGGUGACAUGCAUUUACCGGUAAUAUCAUUGAUCGUUUGAGGAUUUUAAUAGUAGAUAUAACGUUGACCGAUUUUGUACUUAAAAGGCUACCUGCAGGUGUGAGAAAAGGAUGUGGAGAAUUCUGAAAUAAGUUGUUCACUGUAGUAAAAAUGGAUACAAUAGCUAAAAGUUUGAAAGAAGACUAUUUGACAUGUGUGAUAUGCUACGAACUAUUUAUAGAACCCAAAAGCUUGCCAUGUCUUCAUACAUUUUGUAAAGGUUGUCUAGAAAUCCUAUUGGACAAAUCGUCAAAUAAAUCAGAAUUGACCUGUCCAACAUGCAGAGAAACGUUUCCAAUAUCAUCUAAAUCGGUGUCUUCUUUGAAAACAAACUUUAUCUUUAAGGACAUAAUCACUAGAUUGUCUCCCUCUAGAAAACCUUCGUCAACACGAUUGUGCUCCUUCUGUAUUCUGCAUUCUAAAGAGGUUGAGGCUACCCACAAAUGCGUAACAUGCUUAGAUUUAUUAUGUUCCUUCUGUGUGCGACAUAGGCAUCUCUUCACCAGACAGACUGCAUAUCAUAAUGUUGUCAGUCUGAGCGAUUAUUUGGCGGGAAACUAUAAGAAAGAGAAAGAUCAUGAAAUACUUUGCGAACGACAUCAAGAGAAAAUACGAUUCUUUUGCCCGCAGUGUUUAGUUCCAAUCUGUAGUGAAUGCGCUCUGAUGGAACAUAGAUAUCAUGAAUAUAUUCCAUUUGCACAGGCAAGAAAUAUCAUUGAACAGGAGGUGGAUAAAUUGUUUAAAAUAUCAAAAGCAAAGCAAGAAAAGCUUAAAGAAACGCAACAAUAUCUUAGUUCAAAAUCGGAAGAAGUAUCAUCAAAUGAAAGUUCCCUUUUAGCUAGUGUUGAUUCAAAAUUUAAGGAAAUUCAGUCUAAGAUGAACAAAUAUCGUCAGCAAAUAGAGAAAUUGAUUCAGAGAGAGUGCAAUGCAGAAACUGAAAAAGUCAAUGCCAUUUUAAAAGAAAAUGUGAAUUUUCAAGAGGGCUUAAAAGAAUCGGUGUUGUUCUGUGAGAACAUUCUGUCCAAUAGUACUGAUUUGGAAGCUGUUUACUUCUUCGACGAUAUGAAAUCGUCUUUGUUGAAAUGUUUAAAUCGAGAUGAAAAGGAAUACCAGGGUUCUUUUCAACGUUUAGAGACCAAUGUCAAAAACAAAAUCGAUAGGCUUUUAAAUGUAGUAGAGACUUUUGUUGACGAUAAAGCAAAUGUUAAAGUCGGGGUGAAGUCUGGUACCUUAUCUGUAGUAGACAAAGGAACAAAUACAGUGUCCGAAGAUGAAACAUGCAUUGAAAAUGGCAACGUCAAGACAAGAAAAAGUAAAACACUACCUGAGAGAAAAGACACAGAAACAGCCUCGAUGAUUAUUGCAUCCAAAGAUCGAGCUAGCAUUGAAGGACGAAGUAAAGAUACACAAGAGAGAAAAUCAGCCAAUGAAUCAAAGUCAAAGAGUCAAAGCACACUCCACACAGACAAGGCACAAUGUCAAACGUCUAUUGUACCAAAAUGUUUAAAAACAUAUGACUUAUCGGAUGUAUCAAACAAAGAUGAAAGAUGUUACACUUCCGUUACAUGGAUUGACAAAACGUCUUUUGCCAUCGCCGACGAACAAAACCAAACUGCCAUCAUCAUCAGCAACGUACAUGGAAAUACAAUAGUUCGUUCCCAUUCAGUCAAAGGAAUUGUUGCUAUUGCUUUUUUCCAUGAUUAUCUUGCAUGUAAGACACAAUCAGGGGACAUAUUUAUCUAUUCUUAUCCGGAAUGGAAAUUGGAAAGAACUUUCAAGGGAGCUUACGCACUCUCAUCACGCUCAUCUGAGUUGAUAUGGGUUACGAAAGAAAAAAUUAUAAUUUUCGCAAAUAACUCUAUUGAGGAAAGGAACAUAAAGGACGAAGAUGGGAAUUCUUUUGUAUUUAGAAGACCUUUCCAAUUUUGUUGUCUACCUAAUAAGUCCUUUGCAAUUACAGACAAGGUUCUCGAUUGUCUGUUUAUAAUAGAUCAAAGCGAACACAUUUUAGCCAGAAUCAAGCUACCUGGACAUAUCCGGGCUCUUUCGUGUGACCAAGAUAAUCGCAUUUAUAUGACCUGUUACGAAACCAACUCCAUCUGCAUUCUCGAUACGAACGGAACUUGUUUGAGUACUAUCUCUUUGAAAUGUAUUCUGAAUAAGCCACGAACAAUAUCUGUUCAUAGUGAAGAAGCAAUUUUGGUGACAAACAAGUAUGAGGUUGUGCUCCUUUCGCUAAAGUGAUACCUUUUAUAAUCGAGUUAAUGAAAUUAAGAACAUUGCAAAUAUCUAAACAAAGUUUUAAAAUUAAAAAAGAAGAUAUAAAAAUUGAAAACAGCGUAGAAAAUGUAGAGGAUCCAGCAAAACAACAAGUGAAGAGUCGGUUUUGACCCUGUUGCAAAAGAACUGGCUAGUUGCGUAUCUAGAUGAAAAGCUAUGUAUUGUGCUGCUUUUUAAGACUUUGCAUGAUAACGAUAUUUAGUUGUGCUUGUUAUUGUAGAACAUUUAUAAAGGAAAGACUGUAAGUGAAACUAAAAAAUUGCUGAGUUACCAGGCAGUGAGUAAUUCAAUGUGCACUUCAUGAGAGUAACUUACUUAAUCUUGUAUUCCUGUUGAGUAAACAUGGAUCCUAGCUGUGUUGCAAUACAUUUUUGUUAAAUCCAAUGCACUGCAAGACACUUGCCAUGAAUAAUGUUUAAGAUUGUCAAAUGCCUUUUAAAAUUUGACAGCUUUGCAUGUUAGAUGGACUUUAAGUUAACGACGUAAUUAUGAUGAAACAAAUUUUAGAGCAUUUUUUUUUUUAUAAUUGAAUACUUGUUCAAUGGAAACAAGACAAUAUUUGAAUUAAUAAUCCUCGGAUGCCCAUGUGUCGUUACAAUAAGAAUUUGUGCCACAUAAGGUGCAUGGUUAAAUUUGUUCUUUUAAAUCAGUAAUAACAAAAAUAUAAAGGACUUUUGUUUCUUCGUAUGACUAUCACAUUAUAUUCAUUCUUUUUUUCAUCAACCUCGGACUAAAUCUCGCGAGAUACGCCAGGAAAACAAAAGGGACAGACUCUAGGACCGCACCGAAUUAAGGACCUCCGAUGACAAUAUCGUACAGGUUUAUAGCUUGUCAUGAUUUCAAUAGAUUAUUUAUCGAUAAGCAAAUAUUAAAUGGUGUGCUAUAUGUAGACACAGACUGAUGAUUCAUGUAACUGAUUCUUUAUUAUUAUUUACCCAAGAAAUGCUAGUUAAUCAGUUAGAAUAAAAAAAAAUUCUCUAUAAUAACCAAACAGACUGUACUGGUGUUAGCAAAGAGGGGAAAAUGGUUCACGUUUCAAUUUGUAUAAAUUUAAAUUUCAGAUUUUCCAUGCAGACUUGAUUAGUAAUUGUAAAAUUGUAAAAUAUUUUAUUCGACAUAUACAUGUAUCAUAUCAUUUUAUAUAUCUGAACAUCAACUGUCUAUGUAUUAUGAAAAAUAGAAAUGUACAUGUGUAGGAUAUAAAUAAAUUGAACAAUAAAUUUUGA